GAAGAAGAAGAAGGGCGGUAGUGAACCAGCCACAAACCCUCCCUGUAUAGAACCGUACAGUACUGUGUGGACCAAAAUAGAUAGUUGACGGCCGAGCAGCUGACACCAAGCACAAAUGGCUGCCACCGGAGUUCUCCCCUUCAUACGGGGGGUGGACCUCAGUGGAAACGACUUCAAAGGCGGGUACUUCCCAGAGCAUGUCAAGUGUAUGAGCAGCUUGCGAUGGCUGAAGCUGAACAGGACAGGACUGUGCUACCUCCCGGAGGAGCUGGCCUCUCUGCAGAAGCUGGAGCAUAUUUCAGUGAGUCACAACAGCCUGACCACCUUACACGGAGAACUGUCCAGCUUACCAAACCUACGGGCGGUGGUAGCCAGAGCCAACAACCUGAAAAACUCUGGAGUCCCAGAUGACAUCUUUCAACUAGACGAUCUCUCUGUGCUGGACCUGAGUUACAACCAGCUGACCGAAAUCCCCAGGGACCUGGAGAACAGCAGGAACAUGCUGGUGCUGAAUCUGAGCCACAAUGGUAUCGACUCCAUCCCAAACCAGCUCUUCAUCAACCUGACAGACCUGCUGUACCUGGACCUGAGCGACAACAAGCUGGACAGUCUGCCACCGCAGAUGAGACGCUUGGUGCACCUGCAGACUCUCAUACUGAACAACAACCCACUGAUGCAUGCCCAGCUGCGCCAGCUGCCAGCCAUGGUAGCAUUGCAGACUCUCCACCUGCGGAACACCCAGAGGACCCAGAGCAACAUGCCCACCAGCCUGGAGGGACUGACACAUUUAGCAGAUGUCGACCUGUCAUGUAAUGACCUGACGCGGGUGCCAGAGUGUCUCUAUUCCCUGGGGAGUCUGAAGAGACUCAACCUGAGCAGUAAUCAGAUCUCUGAACUCUCCCUCUGCAUUGACCAGUGGACUCAGAUGGAGACACUUAAUCUGAGCCGCAACCAGCUCGCCUCACUGCCCUCUGCUAUCUGUAAACUAUCCAAACUGAAAAAGCUGUAUGUAAACUCCAACAAACUGGACUUUGACGGGGUUCCACCCGGCGUGGGCAAGCUCUCCAGCCUAACUGAGUUCAUGGCUGCUAACAACAACCUGGAGCUCAUCCCAGAGGGACUCUGCAGGUGUGGCAAGUUGAAGAAACUGGUUCUGAAUAAAAAUCGCCUGGUGACACUGCCUGAGGCCAUCCACUUCCUCACCGACUUAGAGAUGCUGGACGUGCGUGAGAACCCCAACCUGGUGAUGCCUCCCAAACCAGUCGACAGAGCAGCGGAGUGGUACAACAUCGACUUCUCCCUGCAGAACCAGCUCCGACUGGCCGGGGCCUCGCCUGCUACUGUAGCUGCUGCCGGAGGAGGAGCCAGCCCCCGAGACCACAUGGCGAGGAAGAUGAGGCUCAGGAGGAGGAAGGACUGUUCUCAGGACGAUCAGGCGAAGCAGGUGCUGAAGGGCAUGAGUGACGUCGCGCAGGAGAAGAAGAACAUGGAGGAGAACGGGGACUUGAAAUACGCUGAUUUAAAGGUCCGACGCUGGGACAAGAGUCUAGAGAAGCCUCAUCUAGACUACUCUGAGUUCUUUAUGGAUGACGCAGGGCAGGUUCCAGGUGUAACAGUGUGGCAGAUUGAGAACUUUGUUCCCCUCCAAGUGGAUGAAACGUUCCAUGGAAAGUUCUAUGAGGCGGACUGCUACAUUGUCCUCAAGACCUUCCUGGAUGAUAACGGAGCCCUGAACUGGGAGAUCUAUUACUGGAUCGGUCAGGAGGCCACACUGGACAAGAAGGCCGGCUCUGCCAUCCACGCCGUCAACCUCCGAAAUUUCCUCGGGGCAGAGUGCAGGACGAUCAGGGAAGAGAUGGGAGAUGAGAGCGAGGAGUUCAGCGCCGUGUUUAACAAUGAGAUCUCCUACAUCGAGGGAGGAACAGCCAGUGGGUUCUACACUGUGGAGGACACAAACUACUCUGUCAAGUUGUACAGAGUUUACGGCAAGAAAAACAUCCGACUGGAGUCUGUGCCCGCGAAGGCCUCCUCCCUCGACCCUCGUUAUGUUUUCCUGUUGGACACAGGGCUUGAACUCUUGGUCUGGAGAGGAGCCAACGCGACACUCAGCGGCACCACGAAGGCCAGGUUGUUUGCAGAGAAGAUAAAUAAGAAUGAGCGCAAGGGGAAGGCGGAGAUCACGACCCUCAUGCAGAACCAGGAACCUCCAGGGUUCUGGGAGGCGCUGGGAGGACAACCAGAGGAGAUCAAGAAGCAUGUACCAGAGGACUUCUCUCCCGUCAGACCCAAACUAUAUAAGGUGGGUUUGGGUCUGGGCUACCUGGAGCUGCCUCAGGUCAACUACAAGCUGUCAGUGGAGCACAAAGACCACAAGAUCAAACUGGACACCCUGCCAGAGAUGAGGCUGGUGCAGUCUCUGCUGGACACCAAGUGCGUGUACAUCCUGGACUGCUGGUCUGACGUGUUCAUCUGGAUCGGGAGGAAGUCGCCCCGUCUGGUCCGAGCCGCUGCAUUGAAGCUGGGUCAGGAGAUCUGCUCCAUGUUGCACCGGCCCAAACAUGCCUGUGUCACCCGCAACCUGGAGGGCACGGAGUGCCAGGUGUUUAAAUCCAAGUUUAAGAACUGGGAUGAUGUGUUGAAGGUGGACUACACCAGAGCAGCUGAGACUGUACAGAAGAAAGACAACCUGCAUGGCAAGGUGAAAAAGGACGUGGAGCAGAAAGACCAGAUGAAGGCAGACCUCACGGCCCUCUUCCUUCCCAGGCAGCCAGCCAUGCCCCUCACGGAGGCGGAGCAGCUGAUGGAGGAGUGGAAUGAGGACCUGGAUGGCAUGGAAGGAUUCGUGUUGGAGGGGAAGAAGUUUGCUCGUCUGCCGGAGGAAGAGUUUGGCCAUUUCUUCACGCAGGACUGCUACGUCUUCCUCUGCAGAUACUGGGUGCCUGUGGAGUACGAGGACGAGGAGAAAGAGAAGAAGGAGGGUGAAGGCGGUGGUGGUAGUGGUGGUGGAAGAGGAGGAGGAGGAGGAGGAGAGGAGGAGGAGGACAAACAGACGGAGGAGGACUUCCAGUGUGUGGUUUACUUCUGGCAGGGCAGGCAGGCCUCCAACAUGGGCUGGCUCACCUUCACAUUCUCCCUGCAGAAAAAGUUUGAGAGUCUUUUCCCCGGAAAACUGAAGGUGGUGCGUAUGACGCAGCAGCAGGAGAACAUCAAGUUCCUGUCCCAUUUCAAGAGGAAGUUCAUCAUCCACAAGGGGAAGAGGAAACAGAAGACGGACUCUGCUCAGCCCUCCCUCUACCACAUACGCACCAAUGGCAGCGCACUUUGCACCAGGACCAUCCAGAUUGGAACAGAUUCAAGCAAUCUCAACUCUGAGUUCUGCUCCAUACUCAAGGUACCGUUUGAGAGCACCGACAACCAGGGCAUCGUGUACACGUGGGUGGGCAGAGCGGCCGACCCAGACGAGGCCAAACUGGCUGAGGACAUCAUGAACUGCAUGUUCGACGACACGUACAGCAAACAGGUAAUUAACGAGGGGGAGGAGCCGGAGAACUUCUUCUGGGUGGGGAUUGGUUCCCAGAAGCAGUACGAUGAAGAUGCAGAUUACAUGAAAUACGCUCGGCUCUUCAGGUGUUCGAAUGAGAAGGGUUAUUUCUCCGUGUCGGAGAAAUGCUCAGACUUCUGUCAAGACGACUUGGCCGACGAUGACAUCAUGCUGCUGGACAACGGCAACGAGGUGUACAUGUGGGUGGGCACGCAGACCAGCCAGGUGGAGAUCAAGCUUAGUCUCAAAGCCUGUCAGGUUUACAUCCAGCACAUGCGCUCGAAGGACGCCGAACACCCGAGGAAGCUGCGACUGGUGCGGAAGGGAAACGAGCCCCACUGCUUCACACGCUGCUUCCACGCCUGGGGGGCUUUCAAAACUCCCCCCUCAUAGACAAACACUCUCUAUUGCACACAUGCUCAAAACUGCUCACACCUUCAUACUGAUCGAUUCGCUGCCAUGACAUUUUCUACCAGGAAGAUGAUGACUAAGAUGUCGUCUAUGCCUAUAAGCCAAGUUUACCUGUUGUUGUUCAACAGACUUUGGGCCAACACGUUACUGUCAGACAAAGAACAGGUUUAUCUUUAGCACCACUUCCCACUCAGAGAGAAUCCUCUGCUUAUUGUCAGUGUUUUUACGAGCAAGUCUGAAUACUGUUGUCAAAUAAAUUAGGAGAAUAAUGUUUUGAGAAGAAAUAGAUCUGAGGUGUACAAAGGCUUUAUGAAAACCCAAAGGGAGGUGAAUCCCUGAACAUAUCGAUCUGUGCUGCUGCUUCCAAACGGCUUGUGCUGCAUGGCCGAUAGUCUCCUCUGAGCUUAGUGCCACGUGCAUCUCAUUUGAAGCAAGAGUAUAUUUUACAGUUUAGUUUCUUUAUAGGAAAUCAAACGGAAAACAGCACUAUAUUUGUAUUGUGGAGGAAUGUUGGUUUAUAUAUAUAUAUUUUAUUUUUUCUUCUGUCUGUCUUGUGGUGCAUGGUAUGUUUGUGUUUACCCCAUGCGCCUUUACUGAAAUGGGAUCUGCUCUGUUCCCACAGUCUGAACACCACUGAUCAGAAUCUUUGUUCUGGAAGGUCUGUUUCAAUAACAAUAUGAUUCUCGUGGAAAGAUGCUUCAGACGGCAUUUUCUUUUGCAAUGUGAACAUAUAAACUUUACAUAAUUUGCCCAAAGAAAUCUUGAGGUCAGUGAGCAAAGCAUCAGAUUGUGAGCUGGCGCCUCGGUCUGUGUUUAAAUGUGCAAUCAGUAGUAACUAAACGAUGCUGCGUUCACUUGUUGUGAAAUCAUGUUUGCAAAAGUAAAUGCUCCUUUUUUUUUAAUUGCAAAUUUGAAUGGGAGAUGUCAUGCACCAUAUCAGAGACAUAUCUUGAUGUAAGUGACGUCUGGCUCCACUGCUCUCAGAUCAGACUAACUGAUCAGUGGCAGCGGCGUCGACUUGGGGAGAACUAAACUGCUGCAGUGCGUCUUGUGAUCAAGUGACCUGUGUGGUUCUCAGGCAUUGUUUCGGGCCAAAUAUGGAUGUUUUCCCACAUGGCUGCAACUUUCAUCAUUUUGUCUGUUUAUUCUCUAUUUUGCUGGGUGAACAGUUCGCCUGUGAGUAUGUUGAGUCCUACACGUGUGCGUAUAUAUGAUUAUGUGCACAUGCUCCUGAUGCCACCUGCAGAUGCUAUAUUUAUGUAUUUUAUAUUAAAAAAAAAUGAAUUCUCACAUCGCA